AUGGCUAACCCUUCUGGCUAUGUAAAUCUACUAAAUAGUCAAAAUCCCAUUGACCUUGAAUCACCAGAAGCUAAUUGGUUCGCUAGCCAAGUUCCAGAUGAGUCUGGUGUGAAGGAGAGGAGGAAAUGGUCUCCCACAAAGGAUAAAAUCCUUAUUGGUGCGUGGCUUAACACCAGUAAGGACCCUGUGGUGAGCACUGAGCAAAAAGCUGAUGCUUUCUGGAACCGUAUUGUAGACUACUACAACGCAAGCCCUCACCUGGUUGGGACUAUACCGAGAAAGCUUCGUCCUUGCAAGCAGAGGUGGGCUCGGAUUAACGAGCAAGUAUCCAAGUUUGCUGGUUGCCAUGAUGGGGCUCUGAGGGAGCAGAGGAGUGGGCAAAAUGAUGAUGAUGUCAUGAAAGCUGCAUUAGACAUUUUCUUCAAUAAUAACGGCUACAAGUUCACUCUGGAUCACUGCUGGAGGGAGCUCAGGCACGACCAGAAAUGGUGCGCCUCCUAA